UCAUUCUGGAUUUUCACCAGAAGAUGUGGAUAGAAUGAUCAAAAGUGCUACUGAAAAAAUUACGCAAAAUUUUCAGUUACAGAUUCAGGAAUUACAAGCAAAAAUUCCAAAAGUUCCAUAUCAAAAAAAUAUUGAGACAGAAAUUCCUACUAAAACAAUAACAGUCCUAGAUCAUUUUAAAAAACCAGUCCAAACAAAUCUUACUGUUGAGGAAUGGAAUAAAAUGUUUAAUCCUGAUCCAACUGAACAAUUGCGUAAAUCUCAAUAUAUAAAGCCAAGCUCUGACACUAAUAGAAUAGCAAAUAGAAUUGCUGAAAGGCUUGAGCAAAAAAGACUUGAUAAGGAAAUUGAGGGUCUCAUCUCUAAAAUUAAUAAUUUUCGAUUCAAUGAUCCUGAUCCUGAUUCUAUGGAUACUUCUAAUUUGAUUCUAAUGGAAAACAAACCUCCUACUAAGAUUAAGGAUGGAAAAAAAGAGUCAAAGAGUAAGGGGAUAUCAAUUGAUACCGCAAAUUUGAGAAAAAUUAUUCAUGAAUUAAUUAUAGAAGAAUUAACUCGUUUGGGAUAUAUACAGAGCAUAGAGACUUCAACUCAUAUUUCGAAAUCUAGAUCACAAGCUAAUAUAUCAACUGAUGAUUCUAUGGAUAUUGAUCUUUUGUGCCUAGAUAGUAAAAAAGAUUUAACUGCGGUUGAAGGUGUAGUGGAAGGAAAAUUGAAACUUCCAAUUCUUGCAGAUUCAUGCGCCAAUAUUUCUAUUAUGCCCAAAGAAAUUUAUAAAGAACUUGGAUUAGUACUUGAUACAAGUAAGAUUAACAAUCUUUCAGGAGCAUCAACUAAUACCAAAUCAUUGGGUACAGUUAGAAAUGUUAAUAUAAAUUUAGCUCCAGGAUGUACUAUAACAGAUAAUUUUGCCGUGAUUGCCAAUUACCCAUAUCGUGAGCUAAUCCUGAAUCGAACUUGUCUUAGAGAAUAUAAUUAUGAUUUGCUUGAAUCUAGAAAGCAUAUGGCCAUUACUUGUGAUGGAAAAGAUUUCUUUAUCCCUAUAACUCCAGCAAGAGAUGAGCACAAAAAAACGAAUUCACCAGUUUUGGAAGCAUUAAAUCAUUA